GUCCAACAUCUAAGAGCACCUGGAAGUGCUAUAACAAGAACACAAGUAAACUGCCAAACAAACCUUGAAAUUUACAAAAAAUGCCACCCCAACCGCCACCUCCGCCACCGUCAAAACCCCUUAAACCCUACUUCUUCUACGGCCAUCGUAAACCCUCACAAAACCGCCCUGUAGUCCGCGGUGGUCUCUUCACAAACCGUCAAACCGUCAAACCACAACCUCCAAAAAACCCCAUCACCCCUUUCAAGCCAUUCGAUCUCCACAAAUGGGACCCACAGAAAAACCUUCCCCACCAACCACAACCCUCCAAACCUCAAUCUCCACGAUCACGACACUCCCUCGCCCUCUCCCAACGCCUCUCCCCCAUUGCCAGAUUCAUCCUCGACGCAUUCCGCAAGAACCGGAACCAGUGGGGUCCAGAAGUGGUGACAGAGCUCUGCAAACUCCGGAGGGUGACACCGGACCUGGUUGCCGAAGUGCUGAAGGUCGAAAACAACCCUCAGUUAGCGACAAAGUUCUUUCACUGGGCAGGUAAACAGAAAGGGUUUAAGCAUACUUUUGCUAGUUAUAAUGCUUUUGCUUAUAAUUUGAACAGGAGCAAUUUUUUUAGAGCUGCUGAUCAGUUGCCUGAAUUAAUGGAAGCACAAGGGAAGCCACCGACGGAAAAACAGUUUGAAAUUUUGAUUAGAAUGCAUUCGGAUGCGAAUAGGGGACUUAGAGUUUACUAUGUGUAUCAAAAGAUGGUGAAAUUUGGGGUUAAACCGCGUGUUUUUUUGUAUAAUAGGAUAAUGGAUUCAUUGAUUAAGACGGGGCAUUUGGAUUUGGCAUUAUCGGUUUAUGAGGAUUUUAGGAGGGAUGGACUGGUGGAAGAGAGUGUUACUUAUAUGAUUUUGAUAAAAGGGUUGUGUAAGUCAGGGAGGAUAGAGGAAAUGAUGGAGGUUUUAGGGAGAAUGAGGGAGAAUUUGUGCAAACCGGAUGUUUUUGCAUAUACAGCAAUGGUUAGAGCUUUGACAGGAGAAGGGAAUUUGGAUGCUUGUUUGAGGGUUUGGGAGGAGAUGAAGAGGGAUGGGGUGGAGCCGGAUGUGAUGGCAUAUGUGACUUUGGUUAUGGCGUUGUGUAAAGGAGGGAGGGUGGAUAAAGGGUAUGAGGUGUUUAAGGAGAUGAAGGGGAGGAGGAUAUUGAUCGAUAGAGGAAUUUAUGGGAUUUUAGUUGAGGCAUUCGUGGCGGAUGGAAAGAUUGGGUUGGCUUGUGAUUUGUUGAAGGAUUUAGUGGAUUCUGGGUAUAGGGCUGAUCUGCGAAUUUAUAAUUCACUUAUUGAAGGUUUUUGUAAUGUUAAGAGGGUUGAUAAGGCUCAUAAGCUUUUUCAGGUUACAGUUCAGGAGGGUCUUGAACGGGAUUUUAAGACUGUGAAUCCUUUGCUGAUGUCUUAUGCUGAGAUGAAAAAGAUGGAUGAUUUUUGCAAGCUUCUUAAGCAAAUGGAGAAGUUGGGAUUUUCGGUCUUUGAUGAUCUCUCCAAAUUCUUCUCGCAUGUGGUUGGGAAGCCAGAAAGAACUAUGAUGGCCUUGGAAGUGUUUGAAGACUUGAAAGUAAAAGGUUAUAGUAGUGUGCCUAUCUACAAUAUACUAAUGGAGGCUCUCCUUACGGUUGGAGAGAGGAAAAGGGCAUUAUCACUUUUUGGUGAAAUGAAGGACUUAAAUAAACCUGACUCGACAACUUAUAGCAUUGCAAUUAUAUGUUUUGUAGAAGAUGGAAACAUCCAAGAGGCUUGUGUUAGUCAUAACAAAAUAGUUGAGAUGUUCUGUGUCCCUUCUGUUGCUGCCUAUUGCUCUCUUGCUAAAGGGCUUUGUGAUAAUGGAGAGAUUGAUGCAGCUAUGAUGCUUGUUCGUGACUGCUUAGCCAGUGUUGAAAGUGGGCCCAUGGAGUUCAAGUACAGUCUCACGAUUCUUCAUGCAUGUAAAACAGGUGGUGCUGAAAAGGUGAUUGAUGUGCUAAAUGAGAUGAUGCAGGAGGGUUGUACUCCCAAUGAAGUUAUCUAUUCUGCUAUCAUCUCUGGUAUGUGCAAGCAUGGGACAAUUGAAGAGGCAAGAAAGGUGUUUACAGAUUUGAGACAGCGUAAAAUUUUGACUGAAGCAAAGACAAUUGUGUUUGAUGAAAUAUUAAUUGAACACAUGAAGAAGAAGACAGCUGACUUGGUAUUGGCAGGACUAAAGUUCUUUGGUCUAGAGUCAAAGUUGAAAGCAAUGGGUAGCACGCUUCUGGGAAGCUGAAUAGUUGUUUGCAGUCACACCAGUGGAAUAUGGAUCGUGUGUUGUAGGAUAAGAUUCUGAUGCCCAUUAGUGUGAGCAUAGUGAUGAAUAAGACUCAGCGGACUGGUGAACCUGGAGUCAAGGUCUCACUUGGACAUGAUGCUCUUACAACACUCAAUAGGUGGGUUCAAAUCUCAAGCAUGCCUUCUAUUCAUCAUCAAUCAGUCAGGCUGUGAAAUGCCUGCAGAGUCGUUCCUUUUUUUUUUUGGCACCAAUUCUCUCGACCAAACAGUUCUUGCUCAUCCCAUUUUGGUUUUAUUACUCAUGCAUUUAUUGUUAUGUAUAGGAAAAAUGUGCAAUUUUGUAAUUUAAAAGAUUAAUGUCAAAGAACUUCAAGUCCGGGAGCAUUUGAUAGUUGCUAGUCAGUAAUCAAACUGGUUGGUCAAAUGCCUAAUUUAUCAUCUUCUUUAUGUUGACGCUUGCCUGUUGAUUCCCUGAAGUGUCUUUGUAAACUGCAUCCAAGUUUGCAUUGGACAGGAAAUAUUACAAUGUGAUGCUUGAAGGAAACUGAGUAGUGCUUAUGGAUGAUUGAUGGAUCAAUUCCAGGGGUAGAUCCUAGAAAUUUGUACCAGUAUAGAUCCAAAAGUAUGAAUAACAUUUCUUUCUUGUGCUGGGAUACUGUCACUAUGGAGAGGAAUCUGCAUUUGGUGUAUAUUGUUGUGGGACUUGUGAUUGCUCUAUUUUCAGUCUUAGAAAAGGAGAGGCCACCUCAAAAGGAGCUGAAUGGGAUAGAGUGGUCUCUGCUCAUAGGGAAGCCUCUUUAUAGAAGAUUCUGUCUGCCUGCUUCUGUUAUUUUUCAUGGAAAGGAAAACAUAUAGAGGGUUGCCGGUGUGGGUCAAGAACACCAUCAGAUCGAGGACAAUCAUCAACUUACUCUUCUUUUCCAAAAGUUCCUAUAUUUAUAAAGGUUCUCAAGGACAAAUCAUCCAAGUUUUAAUUGCUUUUAACACCAUUUGUAGCUGAUUUGAGGAGUUACCAAAGUAAAAGGGAUGCAUAUUUGAUUGAAGAGUGAAAAAAGUUCUUCCACACUGGCUCAGUUGCUUCAGUAGCUUGCGGAGUUCCCUUCUUGCAUUAUGAUUUCAGAUAUUCAGGAACACUGAGACAAUGAGAAGAAGAUUAAGAGCUUGUCACUGAAAAAUUUGGUGGUCUACUGGUUUGAUGACACCCCUUGUUCCUACAGAGGAUACACCGUCAGCAUUGGUGUUUUUUUGAUAGUAACAUGGAGCAGUGAAGCAGCCAUGUAUUGUUUAACUCUGUGAUCGGAGCUUGUUUAUAUAAUAACAUGGAGCAGUGAAGCAGCCGUGUAUCGUUCAACUUUGUGAGUGGUAAUCUGGUAAUGGUAAUGGAUGAUGGAGUGCUGAAAGCUUUAAAUAUUUUUAUGAGGAAUUGGAACUUUGUUGGACAUGGAUUUCCUCUUUAUCAAAUCACUUUCAGCUGUGGGUAAAACAGCGACCCUGCAAAAAUCUCAUGUUGGACAAGGCAGGAAACACUUGGCUCUAUUAUGCAUUUUGAAGAAAACAAAUGCUGAACUACUGUCCCGACAAGUUAGAACUCUUAGCUUAAGUUGGAAACCUCUCUUUCUGUGAUUUACAUGUUUUUUUAUAGACAUCAGAAGAAAAUUUAAGAAUUUUGUUUCCCUUCCUAGAAAACUAGAAGACAAGUCUUCAAAGCUUUUGGUGCAACCUUGUAAACAGGCCUAGGGAUAUCACUGCACCAACAAAUACUGGAUAUCCUCGUGUACCUUUGGUAGUAUGAAGAACCAGAUUAGAGCUGCUUGUGGUGUCAGGCAGCCUUGCAUGAAGAUGAGGCAGAAACCUGGUUUUGAUCAGGCAGCCUUGCAUGAAGAUUAGGCAGAAACCUGGUUUUGAUGUUCAGCAGAUAUUAGGUUGUAUGGCCUUUCUUCCCAAGUUUCUUCGGCUUCAGCAGACACACUGUUAUUAUUUGUAAACUAAACAAUUUCAUGCCGAGCCAGUUUAACACAUGCGGCUUGAUUCUCCUGUAAUUGGUGUCCAGAUGAUCUUUUCCAUCACCAAUCAACUAUGAAAAUAUAUAUUA